AUAAACAUAUGAAGAAGAGCACAAAGAAAUGGUCAGCAUUUCCAUUAAGACCAUAAACCACCCAAGAAACAAAACAACACAUCACAUAGAACAGACUUCAAACUUCAAACAAGUAAAGCUAAGUGAGAAGGUGAAGAUGGAGGGGGAUAAGAGUGAUCAAAAGAUGUUACUUGAUGAAUUAAGCCGAGCUCGAGAACUAAUGAGGCAACUCACAGUGCAUCUUGAGCAUCUUUCGACUAGUGAGUCAUAUGGAACAUCGGCAAGAGAGCUAAUGUGUUCGAUAGAGAAAGCUUUCAGCUUGGCGAAAUUGAGUUGUUUCAGUGAUCAGGAGAAGCGGUCUACCAGUGGAAGUUUGCAAAGCGAAAACGAACAAGACCUGAGAGAUAUGUCAAGGAAGAGGAAAUCAUUGCCUACGAUGACACGACAAAUACAAUUGACUGCAGAGGGUGAGGUAAGCUCAAUGGAUGAUGGCUAUCACUGGCGGAAGUAUGGACAGAAGGGAAUUCUAGGGGCUAAACAUCCAAGAAGCUACUACCGAUGUACUCAUCGUAAUACUUAUGGAUGUUCGGCCACAAAGCAAAUGCAGAAGGCCGACACCAAUCCAACGGUACUUAAUAUCACCUAUUAUGGACAUCAUACAUGCCACCAGAAGAUCCCCACACAUGAGCAGCAACAGGACCGGUUUGAUUCAGAGAAUUCUCAUGAACAACACCACCUCUUGAGCUUCCAAACUGAACUUAAAGCACAAGAUCAAAUGAGCUCGUCUUUCUCGUUCCUGUCAGCGCCUCUCAGCCAAGCACAGCCUGGAAUUCAUCUCUUCUCGGCUUCAACGAUUGACACUCGUAUAACAGAAAGCUCAUCUCCUACAUUUGUUUCUCAAACCUCUGAGUUAAAGAAUUACCUUAACAAGGGGAAAAACCUACGAACAUCAGAGACUGAGCUCACAGAGGUUAUAUCUACUGCAACUUCAACUACAAACCCCUUAACGGUUGAUAUGGACUUCUUGCUCGACCCCAAUUUCUCAUUUGAUGAUUCCAACUUCUUGUCAUAAGGUACUGUGUUAUUAUCUUUAUUCCAGGCUAUUGUACCAGAGAGAAUUACCUCUCCUUCUGACAUGGUUAAGUGAAUCUGUUCUCAGACUAAUGUAGGUAGAAGCAUAAGAUUACUUCAGUGUGCAACUUCACAUCAUGUAACUGUAACUGUUAUUAGAGUGUGAAAUGAUCAAUAAAAUCAAGGUCCAUCAACAGUGUCCUUGUCUUUAGAACCACAAAAGAAAUCAAGAAACAUUGUGUUUUGCCAAUUGUCAAUCAAACCUCUAAAGCGUUAUACUCCUUGCUCAUCGCUUUAUCACUAUGAACAUCAUUUUGGUGGCUACCGUCAUCAACUCUUAAUAUUUUAAACCAUUUUGAUAACGUCAAGAUAGUAACUUGGGCACAAUCUUGUUGGACUAAUGACUAAAAUUACUGGUAUGUUGAAUGACACUGAUCCUGAGAGCUAAAUUUUUAUGUAUAUCAUUCAAGAGAAGUACGUUUAUAAAUCCCAACCUCAAUACAUAAACCAUUUCCUCAAAACUGCAAUUCUGAUUCACGUAUCUUCACCGAUGAACUUCUAAACCAUACAUCAAGAGAAAAGGCCAAUAAAUUAUGAAAAUUUUAUUCAACAUCAAGCCAAUAAAUUAUGAAAAUAUUAUUCAACAUUAUGUGCAUUCAUCUUGAUGAAUUCGAAGGUCUUUGUAAUACAACCUCAGUACCAUCAGCGAGGGAUCAAAUGCAUGCAUGUCUUUGGCCACAAUUAAUAUUCAAAUAAGACAUACCCUACUAAGAAUUAACUUAAUCUCAAUGGCCUUCAAUUCAAUAAGUGCUAGCAUCUAAAUCUAAUAUACCCAUAAACAGUCAUAUUAUGGAUCUAGACACUAAAGUCCUUUUUGACUAGAAAGCAUCUUAGAACUGCAUCUGUCCAUUGCUUCAUGUGGGCUUCCCCAUUACCAAAAGAAAGUUCAUUAACUUUAAUCCUUUUUUGACUGGGAAGAAUCUUAAUAGAGAAUUUACUAAUUAAUGGUCAGCUAACUACCAACAGUGGUUAUAUAUCACAUGUAUCCAGAGGGGACAACUUAUAUUCAUACAGCCUUUGCCAAGAGACCAAGGAAGAGAAGGGAAUUCUAUUCUUUAAACUGUCUAUCAGGAUCAAUAAACAAACAUGAAAGAAACGAAAUAUAAUUGUAAUAGUAGAAGUCAAGUCAAAUUUUAUAGAAGUGAAUAGGGAAAGCAGACCUAGUGAAUCAAAUAGAUCAUAAACUACCACUCUGUAAACAAAAUAAUUUUUACAGCAAGAACUAAUUUUGAGGCACAUUUUAGU